AUGCAGUCAAGAGAAAUUAAUUCUGGCCUUCUCAUGCGAUUCUUGACUCUAUUUCUAUACAAUAGCAACAAGAUAUCAUGGGUCCGCCGUCUGCGAAAACAUCCAGGGCGUAUCAUCCUAGUCUCACCCAAGCUCUGCAUCGAAGCAACUGCCUUCACAACACUGACUGAAGCAAAUACCAUGCAAUUUAUUGCGAAUAACACGUCAAUACCAGUACCAAAAGUAUACUGCAGCUUCAAUCACAAAUGUCGUGUCUAUAUACUUAUGGAAAGGAUCAAAGGUCGGGAUCUAUCUCAAAAUUGGAUGCAACGGUCGGAAGACUCUCAAGCGCGGAUUCUCGCGCAAUUGAAGACUUUAAUCACAGAGCUACGCGACAUUCCCCCACCGGAUGGCGCUGGUAUCGCCAAUGUCGAUGGCGGCCCCAUCUUUGAUCCGCGUCUUCCUGAUAAAUCCUUCUGGGGCCCUUUUGCAACGAUCCAGGAAUUCCAUCGAGAGUUGCGUCAUGGUCUUAAGCUUCGCGAUGGGGAAGAGGCAUUCCCGGGUCUGAGGGAACUCAUAGAGUUUCACAAAGGCCCGUUGGAAGGUCCAGUCUUCACCCACGGUGACCUAAGCAGUCUCAAUAUCAUGGCUGAUGGGGAUACGGUGACAGGCAUUGUGGACUGGGAGAUGGCUGGAUGGAUGCCGCCAUACUGGGAGUAUACGUCAGCGUGGCAUGUCAAUCCACGAAAUACAUUCUGGCGGGAUGCGGUCGACAGGUUCCUCACGCCAUUGCCGCAUGAACUGGAAAUGGAAAGAAUACGUCGGGAAUACUUUGGCGAAUUCUAA